AUGACAACGAGGUGCUUGUCAAUAUUGCUUUGUCUCAUCACGUUGUCCGCACAAAGUGUUGCGCAGACUAGUAUUGGAUUAUCAAGAGAGACUGGAAGCCAGAGGAGAAAACUGCGCAGGAAGAAGACAAAGCGCCAGGGCCAAAAUGGGGGGAAAAUGCAAAUAAAGCCAUUGUCGAACAAGGUGCAAGCAUCAGGUCCAAAAAAACAGUUAAAGCCUUGUACGCUUUUCUUCGAAGCUCGUGACAACUUGGACGAAGAUGAAUUCAAAUGGAGAUGCAGGAUGAAGGGGCAGGAUGCUACGAACGCAGGUGCACUUCUUGGAGGCUAUCAUUUGAACGUCGAUAUUCAAGGCAUCGAACAUGUCUUGGCCACGAAACCUGACAUUGUCAGCGGCGAAACACUCUUGUUUGCCGAAGAUGCUGUAAUUGAAAGUGGUUUGCUUGUGAUUACUCCCAACAGUGAGUUGAAAUUCGAUACCCAACGCCAUGCGAUUGGGGGCGAGUCGAGACGCAGGCUCGCGACCAGCACAGGGAACAAGAAUGUUCUUGUUGUGAGAGUCGUUACCAAUGACGCUCAACCAACAGCGAGCAUCGCUGAAAUAAGUGAUGCUGUUUUUGGUACAGAUGGUGAUCCAGUCAACCUCAAGUCGCAGUACGAAGGAUGCUCUAACGACCAAAUUAUCAUCGACCCAGCAACUGGAUCAGGAACGGCUUGUGCCGAUGACCCAAACUACCUUGGAUUCUUUCAAUUCGCCAGCGGAAACUAUGCCGAUUGCGAUUGGUUCGAGUUUUUCCAGAAUCAGGAUCCAACCACAUGCAAUACAUAUGGUAAUGAUGCUGACUUGGGUGGUGGCCCAGAGACUGGUAACAGUGCCUGCUGCGUAUGUGGUGGCGGAACGACGUCGAACUACAACAACAAUGUUAUUGAUGGCGUUUUCGAAAUCAACGUACCGGUGGCCGCCUCGUCGCUCACUUCUUCGCAGCUCGAGGACGUAGCCAUGAACGAGCUCGAGUCCCAAUUUGGCUCCUCGAACCUGGAAGAUCAAUUCGAUCUUAUCAUGCUUUGUCUACCACCAGGUACCACGGAUGGGAAUUGGGUUGCAUAUGCAGGUUUACCUGGAUACGUCAGUGUCUACAACGAUGAUGCUUGUUUGUAUCCAUCGGUUCAAAUGCACGAAGUCGGCCAUAAUGUAGGUCUGACACACGCUUCCGAUAAUACUGAUGUGGAUGUUGAGUAUGGAGAUCGAACUGGAAUGAUGGGAAUAAGUUACUUUGUUGACGAUGGCCCUUCAAGGGCUAAGAUGUGUUUCAAUCCGGCAAAGUCGUACACUCUCGGAUGGUACAGCGACAAGAAUCUUGAUAUUGACGCUGCGACGACACCGUUCUGUGGAACGCUCGUGGGUGUUGCUAAUUAUCCUACAAUCGCUGGAGAUGAGAAGGUUGUCCUCAAGAUUCCAGAUGCGGCAACCGACUACUAUGUCGGGUACAACCACGCGGUGGGAUUCCAUGAGGGAACCAAUGAAGCAGUAAACCAAGUGACCAUUGUCUCGCAAAAUCCAGCAUUUGGAUCCUUCUCGAAUCUUGAGGCCAGGUUAUCAGUUGGUGAUGAGUACAUUAUCAGCAACAUCUUCGGCAGCGGCGAGGAUCUCACAAUCAGGGUUGUCGAGAUCGACACCAGUGCGGGCGGGUUUGCCGAAGUACAAGUCUUCCAAGGAACACAGACCUGUGCAAGCCCGUUUCCAUCGGCUGUACCCUCAACGAUACCUUCUGCGAAGCCAAGUGUUGUUCCCAGCGUUGCGCCAUCGCAGUCGCCUUCUAUCAUGCCAAGCGUCCAUCCAUCUGCAAAGCCUUCUAUUGGACCCAGUCAAGUUCCAAGUGCGUCGCCAUCUAUUGGGCCAUCACAGUCUCCAAGUAUUGGCCCCUCGCAGCUUCCUAGCCAAACCCCUUCAAACCAUCCAAGUCAAAUUCCAAGUAUUAUUCUCUCGCAGCUUCCUAGCCAGAGCCCUUCUAGUGGUCCAAGUCAAAGUCCAAGCAUUGUGUCCUCGCAGAUUCCAAGCCAAUCGCCUUCCAGAACACAAAGUGAGGUUCCAACUUUGUCAUCUUCACCAAGCAUUAUACUUGUCCCCGUCGCCAGCAUAGGGACGGUUUCGAUGAGUCCAAGUCAGGAACCAUCAGGAUUACCAAGCUUCAGGCCUUCGAACAUCCCAUCCAAGACUCCAUCAAUUGCACCGAGUCAAAGUCCAAGCAAAGAAGCAUCGGGUACACCAUCGACAUCACCAUCUACCAUGCCAAGCACGAUCCCAAGCACUACCCCAUCCGAUAGGCCAAGCAAAGAGGAAUCAGGUACUCCAUCGACUAUACCCUCCGUGGCUCCUUCACGACUCCCUAGCGCUGCUCCGUCUAACAGGCCAAGCAAAGAAGGAUCAGGUACACCAACGACAACGCCCUCAGUGGCUCCUUCGCAACUUCCAAGCCUGGUUCCAUCCAACAGGCCAAGCAUGGAGAGAUCGGGUACUCCGUCGACUAUACCAUCCACGGCUCCUAGCACAACCCCUUCGAUCUUACCCUCGCUUGAACCUUCGCAGCUGCUCUAUACAAUUGACAGUUUAUCACCAUCCCAAAGCCCCAGUUUGGUACCAAGCACCAGGCCUUCCACAGCAAACAACUCCCCCGACCAAUGGAACUGUGUUUUCAACGAGGACUUCGAGAACGGAUUUCGGUUCUUGUCCGAUGGAGGAGGUUGUGUUGACAUCACAACCAUUGGCGGAUCUAAUGGCAGUCAAAGCUCUCUGAGACUCGCUGGACGAAACAGAGUGUUAUCUGAAACAAUCGAAUCAUACGAGUUCUCUCAGUACAGCAGAAUCCAACUUUUAUUUGCAUACCGAACAACAAGCCUAAACAGGCGAGACGGAUUCUACGUCGACAUUCAGAUCAAUGGGGGGAGGUGGACAAGUUGGCAGAGAUUCGGAAGGAAUGCGUCCUGCUCCCGCUUAAAAUCAAGUUGGUGCAGUGGCAAAGCUGAUCUUGAACUCACAGGUGGAAUCAAUACCGUCAAAUUUCGCUUUCGCACAACGCGUACUAGACGAAGCAAGACAGUGUACAUUGAUGAUGUUCAGCUCGAAGCCUACGGAGCUCCUUCACUGUCUACCAAUGGGCAGUGUGGACCAGGUCCAACGCCAGAAUUGGGAUCAGGAAAAAGUCCACGAUUCAGAUUAGGAAAAAGCUCAGGCUCCAAAUCAGGAAAAAGCUCAAGUUCCAAAUCAGGAAAAAGCUCAAGUUCCAAAUCAGGAAAAAGCUCAAGUUCCAAAUCAGGAAAAAGACGCAGAAAGCACAAUAACAUUUUCGACCAUUAG